UCGGGUAUAUAAGUAGAGUUUAGUUCGGAACUGCUGCGGACGGAACAACUGAAUCAUCUCAUAAUGAAUUUAAGUUGUUUAAUUUUGUUUUUACUUUUUACUGCAACAGUCUCUAUCAGUAACGAAAACAGAAUAGCAGAAGAAAUCAAUGAGUUGGAGAAGGAAUUACUCGCAGACACAAAAAGCAGGCAGAUACUGGAUAAAAAUGAACAAAAAAUCAAUUUAUUGAAUCAUGCUUCAAGAGAGAACAACAAAUUUAGAGAAAGCGGCUACAGACGUCACUAUGGUCGUCAAACAGCAGGGGAAAGAAACGAAAAGAAUCAUGAGCAAACACAUCGAAUUUUACAGUCCAUUGGAAGAGAGGAAGACAGUCGCUUAUCUCAACUCCUAGUUUCAAACAAGAAAAAUACGAAUAACGUUGGACAGAAAGCCCUAACAAAGAAAGGAAGAAAACUGAAAAACAACAAGAAAAAAGGUCGUAAAAUGGGGUACAAAUUUGAUAAACCAGAGGACCUUGAAGCAGAUUCUGAGUUUUCUCAUUUAUUGGAUGCAAUGAGUGUGGAUAAACACGGACAUAUUCGUCAGCCCAAAGGACGACACCCAGAAAAGCAAAAGACAAAGGGGGAAGAUUUGGAAAGAGAUCCUCCUGGUCAACUCAAAAGAAAUUUCAAAAGUACUAAUUCAUAUUGGCCGAAUGGAGUGGUACCCUAUGAAAUUGAUUCCGUAUUUGCUGCAACAGACAUAGAUGUAAUUGAGAGUGCCGUACAAGAAAUUAAUGAACAAACUUGUUUAAAUUGGGUACCACAUGAUGGUACACCUGAUGUACCAUACAUCAAGAUUAUUUCUGAUAGUGGAUGUUGGUCGUACGUUGGAAAUCUCGGCAGUACUCCACAAGAAUUAAGUUUGGGAAAUGGCUGUGUAUAUAAAGCAACCGCCGUUCACGAAAUGAUGCAUGCCAUUGGCUCUCAGCAUGAGCAGACGCGAUCAGACCGUGAUAAUUACAUGACUAUUAUAGAAAAGAAUAUACAGAGUGGUCGCGAAGGUAACUUCCAAAAACAACAAACGAUGAACAAUCAUCCAUUGGAUGCAGCGUCUAAUAUGAUGUACGGGUUAUAUGUUUUCUCUAGCAAUGGAGGAAAAACAAUAAAGUUUCAUGACUGGCGUCUAGAGUUCCAGGCAGACAGUGCUACAGGCUUAAUGUUCUAUGAUGUGGCCGAUAUUACAACAGCUUAUGCAUGUACAGAUUCCUGUGCCACACUUCCUUCACUUCCUUGUCAGAAUGGAGGAUUUGUUGAUAAAACCUGUACAUGUAAAUGUCCUGACGUAUUAUCAGGAGAUUUUUGUGAGCAGCCAAUUAACACCGAUGCAUGCGGAGGUACCAUAGACCUAGCAGCUGGUGAGACAAAAAUCCUGACAUCACCAAACUAUCCGAACAAUUAUGGUCUUGGUUUAAAAUGUACAUGGUUAAUUAAAGGGGUACCAGACAAUAUUAUUAGAGCCACUGUUACAGAUAUGGAAAUAAGCAAUAACGACAAUGCUUGUUAUCACUGGAUACAGAUUCGUUAUCACCUACUUGGCAAUAUGGGACCACUGAGAUGCGGUAGUACAGACAUUGAGGACAAUGAGAUUUGGGAUACAACAGUAGACGAAGAAAUGAACACAAUGAUCAUAAUAUUUGACAGCGAUGUAGGAAGUGAUCAGGCAGCAUCUAGAGGGUUUAGUAUGACCCUUGAGUCCAUCGGAACAGGUUGUGUUGAUUAUCCGUGUAAGUUUGGCCAAUGCGAAAGUCCAUUAAACACAGACAGCUACACCUGUACAUGCGACCAGGGAUUUUCUGGAACCAACUGUGAUGUACCCUCAGAGUAUUCAGCUUUUGGUUGUACGUCAGAGGUUGGUGAAUUUUGUAUGUUAGUUCAAGAAGAAAAUAGUGAUAUCUUUGAUUGGGAAACUCGUUCUGAAGCGGCACCAUAUAAUGAUUAUACUGGCCCAAAAGCUGCUAAAGAAGGAAAUACAUAUUUAUAUACAAGGACUUAUAAUAAACGAACAUUUGGCGAUACGGCUAUUAUGUUUACGAAUAUGGUUUUACCAAAGGUUGAGAGAUGUUUGUCUUUCUGGUAUCAUAUGUACAGUUAUACUGCUAUAGAAAUGGGGACAUUAAAUGUUUCCAUGACAGACGAUAGUGGAUCAAAUUUACUGUUCUCAAAAUCUGGCAAUCAAGGCAACGUCUGGAGGCAGGCAGAGAUAGAUAUACCUGCUGUAGAUAAUUUGCAGAUUACAUUUGAAUCAAUGACUGGAAAUACUGUCUUUAUGUCUGAUAUGGCUGUUGAUGACAUUUGGUUGAUUCCCGGCACCUGUGGAAGUCCUCUUGUACCUACUACAACUACCACUACAACAACGACGACAACAACUCCAACUACUACAACAACAACUCCUACUACAACAACUCCAACUUCUACAACAACAUCUCCAACUACUACAACAACUUCAACUACUACAACAACAAUUCCAACUACUACAACAACAAUUCCAACUACUACAACAACAUCUCCAACUACUACAACAACAAUUCCAACUUCUACAACAACAAUUCCAACUACUACAACAACAACUCCUACUACAACAACUCCAACUUCUACAACAACAUCUCCAACUACUACAACAACUUCAACUACUACAACAACAAUUCCAACUACUACAACAACAAUUCCAACUACUACAACAACAUCUCCAACUACUACAACAACUCCAACUACUACAACAACAAUUCCAACUACUACAACAACAAUUCCAACUACUACAACAACAAUUCCAACUACUGCAACAACAAUUCCAACCACUACAACAACAUCUCCAACAACGACGACUACUUCGACAAGUUUGUCCUAUAACUGUGGUUUUGAACAAGGACAAGUGUGUAUUUUCCAAAAUAUUCUAGGCGACAACUUUGACUGGACUCUAGGUCAUUCAGGUCCAACAAAGAACAGAAACACAGGCCCUACUAAUGCAUAUUCUGGGAGCCAAUAUGCUUAUAUUGAAGUAUCUAGAAAACAAAUCAAUGAUUUGGCAGUCUUGUCCUCUAUUAAUACAGUACUUCCCGCUUCUACAUUUUGUCUACGAUUUUACUAUCACAUGUAUGGACGUCAUAUUGGAUCACUUUCCGUGUAUACACAGGAGAGAGACACAGAAUCUUGGUCUGUAAAUUGGGAGAUGUCUGGCAAUAAAGGAGACCAAUGGUCCCUUGCCAGUGUGGACAUUCCUUACCACUCCAACCUUGUUAUUGAAUUAGAAGCAUCAAAAGGAGGAACGAAGAACAAAGGUGACAUCGCAAUUGAUGAAAUAACGCUCACGAACAAUCCAUGUUAGCCGUUGAAUAGAAACAAUUGCUUGUAAUGUAGUUAAAACCAUCCUUUUAGACUUCGAUACUUUAAUUUAUAACUUCAGGGGGGAUGUCAAAGAUAGUCAAUUGUGCAGUCUUUUUUUAAAUUAAUUUUCAAUAUUUAUUUUUAGCAAUUUUUUUUUAUAUAGAUGCGUCUGAUUGGAAGGUAAAGGCAUUGGGGAGGCAUAUAAAACAGUCAAAAUGUCACCAAUUUAAAUAAAAAGUAUUCACACUUCAGAUUUAUCUAUCAAAAUAUGUCACUGGUUUUAAAACAAAAAUUAUUAAAGGACAUUCCUUUUAUAAACAGUAUGAUAGAAAUUAUGAAAAAAAGUACCCCAAUAAAUUGGUGGAAUGUAGAUAAAGAUUAAAAUCAAGAAGUGCCUUUAUAGAAUUCAUACUUACUCCCAACGAUUAAUGAUUAUAAUAACAAUAAUGUGUCUUCCUUAUUUUUAAUUUCAUUUUAUCCAUGUUUCAAGUCAAAUUCUGCUUAUUGCUAUAUAAUACAACUGCAGCGUGUGCAUUGAUUCUAGUGUUAUACCCUGACAUAUACCCUUGAAAUCUGCUAUGUUAUGUCUUUACUUAACUUUUAUAUCUUUUUUUUUUAAAUAAAUAUCUUUUGUAUCA